GCGCCGUGCGGUCAUUUAGUUGGUUGAAUUUGCCGCAACAAUAACUACGCACCUGUGGAGGGCGCAGCGCCCGCAAACGCAUCCAUCUUCAUACACUUCAUUUGAUCCGAACCGGGCCACCCCUCAAGUUCUCGGAGAAGACGAUGAUCAGUUCUGCACGGUGCACAUAAAAGCGCGUUUGUGUCCUGAGCCGCCGCAAGCCGAGGGGAAUCGUGCGAAACUUAAAACACCCAAAAACGACGCAGUUCGAACCGGUACAAUGGAGAAGAUCAAUACGCGUGGUUGCGUUUUCUCGCUGCUCUACUCGGUCGGUUCGUUUGCACUGGCCACCGCCAGUCUGUCGUCCCUCAACCCGAGCGAUCGGAUAACGGUGCAGAAGGGAGCUCUCCUGAUCAGUCUUGGGUUCGUGUACUUUGUCGCACUGACAGAGUUCCUCAACAAACUGCUGCUGCGGACGUCGCUAGGCCACAGCUUUGUGAAGCGCUACCGGUUACGAGUAACCGAUGUGCUGGAAAUUACGAAUAAGGUCGUCUCGGCAGUGCAGGCAGCCUUCUCCUGUCUGGCCGGUCUGUUCGUGUGCCGCUGGUCCUGUCCGAGAAACUUCCUGCACGCAUCGCACUUCCUCUCGGAGUCCUACGCCUGGUUCGCGGCAUCGUACUUCUUCUACGAUCUCUGGUCGAUGUACAAAAUUUAUGCCGCCGAAGCGGCCAUCAAGAUUAAGGCCAAGCUUGGACUGCAGGCACGCGAGGUGCGUGAGGGCACGAACAACAGCACUGGCGGCCGGCGGGGCCGUGAUCUGCGGAACGUAAACGGCGGUGCAGUGAAUGGUGAAGUGCGAGAGAAGCACGGAGACGAAGACGGCGGCCAGUUGCAAGCGUUGGACGACAUACCGAGUGUUGGCCGGGGUACGCUCUCGUUCGUCAGCCCGUGCAAGCUUGGUAUUCCAAGCUUCGCCCGGUACAUCAUGUCGCAUCCGUUGAUGGUGUUCCAUCAUCUUUUCAUCGGUUCGUAUGGGCUCAUGGUGAUUUCGUUUCUUCGUGGAGGGCUUGGAGACUGUGUGUUCAGCUUCAUGUACAUGAUGGAACUAUCGACGCCAUUCGUAUCGCUCCGGGGCAUUCUGAGUGUGAUGGGACUGAAGAAGUCAAAAGUGUACGUCAUCAACGGACUGGUAAUGCUGGUCACCUUCUUCUGGUGUCGCGUCUUCCUGAUGCCUUAUGUUUGCUACUACUACAGUCAGGUGGUAAAUCUGCCAUUUUUUGAGGCCGUGUGGAACUUGCCGUGGGGAUGCAAAGUCAGCAUUUUGGCACUAUUUCUCCCCCAGCUCUACUGGUUCCGGCUGAUGGUACGUGGCGCAUUGAAGGUAUUCUUCCCACCGAAUGGUGCCCACAAGGGUAACGUGCCAGGUGGCGCCGCUUCGUGUGCAAACGAUGGAGCGACGACCACCAAUGGCGCUACCAUUAAACCGUCACAAUCCAAAGACAGUGAAAUACGCUCUUUAUUGUAAGAAAACAAAGCAACCAGCGAUCAAUCAAAAGUUAAGCUUGAAAAGGGGGGCGCAAGGGAAUUGCUCGUGUGGCGACGAGUCCGAGCAAAGCAGCCCUCGGUUAGCGGUACAGCGUAAGUGUUAUUUUGUGUGUAAUUGGAAUAUUCACCAUGCGGUAUUGAACGAGCGCAAAGAAGCACAAAAGUGCGUUGUUGUUGCACGUUUGAAGAUCCCGGUUUCCCAAAGGGGUUUUAGCGAUUUAAACUAGCCAUUAAGUGCGAACAAACAGGAAGGGCACGAACGAAGACAACCCGUUCUUCCACGGAGAAUCGUCAACGCAUAGUAGGAUUCAGCUUCAGCGCAGCUAUUUAGUUACCUAGUCAUAGUCAUUUUUGCAACCAUAACGUAGACGCACACGGAGAAUAGUUAGCUGUAGAGCGUGGCGAUUAUAUCGUUCUCUACGUGCUUCCACAUGUAUCUUGCCGUUUGUUUGUAUCAUCCUUUAAACAGAACAUUCACGAGGGGCGCAUCGGAUGCAUUAUCGUAUAAUAAUGUGCAGGAACCAAACCAAAUCAAUCUGUGUAGGCUUAUUGUGUAUCAGAAGCAUAUACUCUGGAAAUACGUUACGCUGGACACAGACACCCGUAACUAAUGCAACGAUCAUUGGCCAAUAUUUGCAAGUUAGAAAGGUAGAAGUUUUUGUGCAUUUUUUCUACCGAGCCGAGGCGCGCACAGCCUUUUUUGUGCGUAUUGUUAACUUAAUAUACAAGGAUUUCAUUCGGAAGCGCGCGUAACGUAUCGUGGCGAGAAGGAAACAUCCUACGAGACACGAAAGAUUGGACAGUAAUCCCAGGGGGAAAAGAACCCUAGAAAAGCGUAGGACUGAUCAGGAUUAAACCUAAAUCACUUAAUAACUGUUUAAUGGAGCUUUUGUAAUUAGUGUGAUCUGUUUACCCAACUGUUAGAGAUGUACACCAUUGUACACCAUUUUGGGCAUUUUAUCAAAAGAAGCAAACGUGUGCCGCACGGUCUAGAAAAUGAAGAUGAACGGUGCAUUUAAAGCCACACAAAUCCGUAUUCAGCCGUUGUAUAGCAAAAUGGUAACGUCAUUCCAGAUUGUUGCGCUUCCCUUCCCGGCGGGCUUUUUUACGGUGUGCAGUAGUGAAACAAUUGGGAAAGCGAAAAAUAUACAGAAAGAAAGAGAUUCGUUCACGGAACAGAUAAGCGCAAAAUGUUUUAGACAAAAACGAAACAUUUCUCUGGACAACAGGGAAGACACGCAAAAGGCGCACACGACAAGGAGCUACAUUCUGAUUACGACUAAUAUUAGCACACUGAAGGGAAGCGAAACCGGAAGAACAUUGUAAGAAUCAUACCAAAAUGGGGUGUUUGUGUACCAGUUUACAAAUAGAAAUAUAAUAUGUAUUGU